CGCCCCGUGCCCGCCCCAAGCCGGCCGACGGAGUUUUUAAAGUGGGCUGCCGGCCGCGGGAGCUUUACACUCGCGAGCGGACCGCCACACGGGUCCGGUGCCCGCCGCGCUUCCGCCCCAGCGCUCCUGAGGCGGCCGUACAAUCCUCGGCAGUGUCCUGAGACUGUAUGGUCAGCUCAGCCCGGCCUCCGACUCCUUCCGACUCCCAGCAUUCGAGCCACUUUUUUUUUUCUUUGAAAACUCAGAAAAGUGACUCCUUUUCCAGGGAAAAAGGAACUUGGGUUCCCUUCUCUCCGUCCUCUUUUCGGGUCUGACAGCCUCCACCCACUCCUUCUCCGGACCCCGCCUCCGCGCGCAGGUUCCUCCCAGUCACCUUUCUCCACCCCCGCCCCCGCACCUAGCCCGCCGCGCGCCACCUUCCACCUGACUGCGCGGGGCGCUCGGGACCUGCGCGCACCUCGGACCUUCACCACCCGCCCGGGCCGCGGGGAGCGGACGAGGGCCACAGCCCCCCACCCGCCAGGGAGCCCAGGUGCUCGGCGUCUGAACGUCUCAAAGGGCCACAGCGACAAUGACAGCUGACAAGGAGAAGAAAAGGAGUAGCUCGGAGAGGAGGAAGGAGAAGUCCCGGGACGCUGCGCGGUGCCGGCGGAGCAAGGAGACGGAGGUGUUCUAUGAGCUGGCCCAUGAGCUGCCUCUGCCCCACAGUGUGAGCUCCCAUCUGGACAAGGCCUCCAUCAUGCGACUGGCAAUCAGCUUCCUGCGAACACACAAGCUCCUCUCCUCAGUUUGCUCUGAAAACGAAUCGGAAGCCGAAGCUGACCAGCAGAUGGACAACUUGUACCUGAAAGCCUUGGAGGGUUUCAUUGCCGUGGUGACCCAAGAUGGCGACAUGAUCUUUCUGUCAGAAAACAUCAGCAAGUUCAUGGGACUUACACAGGUGGAGCUAACAGGACAUAGUAUCUUUGACUUCACUCAUCCCUGUGACCAUGAGGAGAUUCGUGAGAACCUGAGUCUCAAAAAUGGCUCUGGUUUUGGGAAAAAAAGCAAAGACAUGUCCACAGAGCGGGACUUCUUCAUGAGGAUGAAGUGCACGGUCACCAACAGAGGCCGUACUGUCAACCUCAAGUCAGCCACCUGGAAGGUCUUGCACUGCACGGGCCAGGUGAAAGUCUACAACAACUGCCCUCCUCACAAUAGUCUGUGUGGCUACAAGGAGCCCCUGCUGUCCUGCCUCAUCAUCAUGUGUGAACCAAUCCAGCACCCAUCCCACAUGGACAUCCCCCUGGAUAGCAAGACCUUCCUGAGCCGCCACAGCAUGGACAUGAAGUUCACCUACUGUGAUGACAGAAUCACAGAACUGAUUGGUUACCACCCUGAGGAGCUGCUUGGCCGCUCAGCCUAUGAAUUCUACCAUGCGCUAGACUCCGAGAACAUGACCAAGAGUCACCAGAACUUGUGCACCAAGGGUCAGGUAGUAAGUGGCCAGUACCGGAUGCUCGCAAAGCAUGGGGGCUACGUGUGGCUGGAGACCCAGGGGACGGUCAUCUACAACCCUCGCAACCUGCAGCCCCAGUGCAUCAUGUGUGUCAACUACGUCCUGAGUGAGAUUGAGAAGAAUGACGUGGUGUUCUCCAUGGACCAGACUGAAUCCCUGUUCAAGCCCCACCUGAUGGCCAUGAACAGCAUCUUUGAUAGCAGUGGCAAGGGGGCUGUGUCUGAGAAGAGUAACUUCCUAUUCACCAAGCUAAAGGAGGAGCCCGAGGAGCUGGCCCAGCUGGCUCCCACCCCAGGAGACGCCAUCAUCUCUCUGGAUUUCGGGAAUCAGAACUUCGAGGAGUCCUCAGCCUAUGGCAAGGCCAUCCUGCCCCCAAGCCAGCCAUGGGCCACAGAGUUGAGGAGCCACAGCACCCAGAGCGAGGCUGGGAGCCUGCCUGCCUUCACCGUGCCCCAGGCAGCUGCCCCAGGCAGCACCACCCCCAGUGCCACCAGCAGCAGCAGCAGCUGCUCCACGCCCAAUAGCCCUGAAGACUAUUACACAUCUUUGGAUAACGACCUGAAGAUUGAAGUGAUUGAGAAGCUCUUCGCUAUGGACACAGAGGCCAAGGACCAAUGCAGUACCCAGACGGAUUUCAAUGAGCUGGACUUGGAGACACUGGCACCCUAUAUCCCCAUGGACGGGGAAGACUUCCAGCUAAGCCCCAUCUGCCCCGAGGAGCGGCUCUUGGCGGAGAACCCACAGUCCACCCCCCAGCACUGCUUCAGUGCCAUGACAAACAUCUUCCAGCCACUGGCCCCUGUAGCCCCGCACAGUGCCUUCCUCCUGGACAAGUUUCAGCAGCAGCUGGAGAGCAAGAAGACAGAGCCCGAGCACCGGCCCAUGUCCUCCAUCUUCUUUGAUGCCGGAAGCAAAGCAUCCCUGCCACCGUGCUGUGGCCAGGCCAGCACCCCUCUCUCUUCCAUGGGGGGUAGAUCCAAUACCCAGUGGCCCCCAGAUCCACCAUUACAUUUUGGGCCCACAAAGUGGGCCGUCGGGGAUCAGCGCACAGAGUUCUUGGGAGCAGCGCCGUUGGGGCCCCCUGUCUCCCCACCCCAUGUCUCCACCUUCAAGACAAGGUCCGCAAAGGGUUUUGGGGCUCGAGGCCCAGACGUGCCGAGUCCGGCCAUGGUAGCCCUCUCCAACAAGCUCAAGCUGAAGCGACAGCUGGAGUAUGAAGAGCAAGCCUUCCAGGACCUGAGCGGGGGGGACCCACCUGGUGGCAGCACCUCACAUUUGAUGUGGAAACGGAUGAAGAACCUCAGGGGUGGGAGCUGCCCUUUGAUGCCGGACAAGCCACUGAGCGCAAAUGUCCCCAAUGAUAAGUUCACCCAAAACCCCAUGAGGGGCCUGGGCCAUCCCCUGAGACAUCUGCCGCUGCCACAGCCUCCAUCUGCCAUCAGUCCCGGGGAGAACAGCAAGAGCAGGUUCCCCCCACAGUGCUACGGCACCCAGUACCAGGACUACAGCCUGUCGUCAGCCCACAAGGUGUCAGGUGGGUGUGCCCAGGAUCUGUCACCCCCCCAUCCCAGGAUUCGAUGCCAGGGGAAGCCCACGUCUACUUUUUUUCCAGCGUCUGCACAGUGCCAGGCACAGGGAGGUGCUCGACUUGAAGUCACCUAUACAGGGCUCAGGUCUCCUUGGAUUUAGGGAACCUCCUCACAAGUUCCUUGUGACAUCAGUGAUCAGGCCCCCCAGUGGGUGGGUCUGAGACACAGCUAAAAAACUCAAAACAAACUCAGGCUGGAAUACUGAAGGAAAGAAUCCAGACCACUACUGACUGCCCAAAAAGGACUGAACACUGAACACUGGGUUGGCCACCCCCAGAACACUGUACCAAUGUUGACAGGAGCACUUUCAGAAGAGCAGGCGGCCACAGUGGUGAGGGCCUGUUGAAGAAGAGAAAGUUCAGAGAGAGAGAGUUGGGAAGGGGUCUGGGCAGAGGCAGGGGUCUCCUGUCUAUGCAAGGAUGAGCUUGCUGCGUGGAGAAGAGAGUGCUCCUUCCCUGGGGCUUUAGAGAGAACCCUCCCAUGAUCAGGUGCCAUCCAGGGCUCUUUGAACCCUGAGAAUCCCGGAGCCUUGCCCCUUCCUCAGUUCUUCAUGUGGAUGUGUUUUGGGGUGUCACUCUGAGUUCAGGCAGGUGCUGAGAACAUGCCAAAACUUGCUGCAGGGAGAACAGCCUGGAAAGCUCUGGUAGGCCCACCCCACUGGACUUGGUUCAACUGCAGGCACCGAUGCCUGCCUUCAACCCUGGGCCACCUUCAUCUUGACAGUAUCUUGUGAAACAUAUAUGUCUUCAUGAGGUUUGUUUGGCCUGAAAAUAAUUCGUGGUUUAUGGAAAAACAUACCAGGCCCCUGUUCUAAAAGGCAAUUUCCUCAGCAACAGAGUUUGGGGAAGGUUAUAGUUCUGUGCUUCAGAGUCCAGGCUAUAGAACCACCAGACAGCCCUGGCUUAAAUUCUGGCUCUGCUGUUGAGUUCAGUGGCUGGUAUAUAUUUAUGUGCAGUAAGAGGUAGCCAGCACUAUUCUUCCUGUUAUGUGAAGCCCACGAAUUACCUUGAAUAUUGAAAUCAAGGGAAAAUCAUAUUCUUUUCAAAAGAGUUGAAUCAUAUCAAACUCUUUUCUGACCAUGAAUAAGAGAAGUUAGCAAGGGAUGGUGAGCAGGUAUCCAUUGAUACUGUCCACAGGAGCAGUCAAGCUGGGGAGGCAGGCAUGGACCCCAGCAAGGAUCUGAGCUAGGAGGUGCAGGAGGCAAUGGCCACUGGAACGAGGCUCUGCAGAUAAGGGAAGGUGGGUGGGCAUCUCCCAUCGGAGGGGCAGAAUGCAGGGCUUCCAAGCUCUCUGCUGCCACCUAAGCCUUUCCUCCUUGGGAUGGGGCCUGUGUGUGUGCUGCGAGUGUCCCCUCUGCCACUCCCUGGUCUGCCUCCUCGGCAAGAGAAUAGCACAGAGGCAAGAAAGGACUGCUGAGGGUGGUGACCAGAAACUGGAUUUUCAGACUCUUGAAUCUUGAGGCAGUCUGUGUUUGCGUCUGUAGGUAUGUGUGUGUUCUGCAUGUUCUGUGUAUGUUAGCAUCGGUGCCAGGUGGUUCAGAACUCCCUCUCAGCCUUUCCUCCCUGCUGCCAGGAGGCAUGGGGUCAGCAACCCCAGGCUCUUCCUGAAGCUUCCACCUACCUGUGCUGCAGCCUGCACCUCACGCUUUCCUCUUUCUUGGGUCUCAGCACCCCACCUGAGGCAAUGGUUCUGGAGGCAGACACGUUCCCCGAGCAUGCAGCAGGCUGUGGGACAGACACCACUGAAGGAGCAGAGUGAAAUUAGGGCUGCUCUAUUGGUAUCCCCCAGUCACAAAGAAGUAGACACUUUUCCAAAUGUUCGAUUUAGGCCUUUAAGUUAUGGUACCAACCCUUCUUUCAGGCAUGGCAAGCCGGCUGCUCGGGCCCUCAUUUGAGUCCUACCUGCUGCCCGAACUGACCAGAUAUGACUGUGAGGUGAACGUGCCCGUGCUGGGAAGCUCUACGCUCCUGCAAGGAGGGGACCUCCUCAGAGCCCUGGACCAGGCCACCUGAGCCAGGCCUUCCACCUGGGCAGCACCUCUGCCGACGCCGUCCCACCAGCUUCACUCUCUCCGUCUGUUUUUGCAACUAGGUAUUUCUAAUGCCAGCACACUAUUUACAAGAUGGACUUACCUGGCAGACUUGCCCAGGUCACCAAGCAGUGGCCUUUUUCUGAGAUGCUCACUUUAUUAUCCCUAUUUUUAAAGUACACAGUUGUUUUACCUGUUCUGAAAUGUUCUUAAAUUUUGUAGGAUUUUUUUCCUCCCCACCUUCAAUGACUUCUAAUUUAUAUUAUCCAUAGGUUUCUCUCCCUCCUUCUCCUUCUCACACACAACUGUCCAUACUAACAAGUUUGGUGCAUGUCUGUUCUUCUGUAGGGAGAAGCUUUAGCUUCAUUUUACUAAAAAGAUUCCUCGUUAUUGUUGUUGCCAAAGAGAAACAAAAAUGAUUUUGCUUUCCAAGCUUGGUUUGUGGCCUCUCCCUCGCAGAGCCCUUCUCCUUUCUUUUUUAAAACUAAUCACCAUAUUGUAAAUUUCAGGUUUUUUUUGGUUUAAGCUGACUCUUUGCUCUAAUUUUGGAAAAAAAGAAAUGUGAAGGGUCAACUCCAACGUAUGUGGUUAUCUGUGAAAGUUGCACAGCGUGGCUUUUCCUAAACUGGUGUUUUUCCCCCGCAUUCGGUGGAUUUUUUAUUAUUAUUCAAAAACAUAACUGAGUUUUUUUAAAAGAAAAUUUAUAUCUGGGUUAAGUGUUUAUCAUAUAUAUGGGUACUUUGUAAUAUCUAAAAACUUAGAAACGGAAAUGGAAUCCUGCUCACAAAAUCACUUUAAGAUCUUUUUGAAGCUGUUAAUUUUUCUUAGUGUUGUGGACACUGCAGACUUGUCCAGUGCUCCCAUGGCCUGUACGGACACUGUGGAAGGCCUCCCUCUGUCGGCUUUUUGCCAUCUGUGAUAUGCCAUAGGUGUGACAAUCCGAGCAGUGGAGUCAUUCAGCGGGAGCACUGCACGCUAUCCCCUCACAUUCUCUAUGUACUAUGUAUGUAUGUAUUAUUAUUAUUGCUGCCAAGAGGGUCUGAUGGCACGUUGUGGGGUCGGUGGGUGGGGCGGGGAAGUGCUCUAACUUUUCUUCAGGUUUUGUUGCUAGCCCUUCAAGUGCACUGAGGUAUGUGACUCGGAUGGUCUUUCACACGGCACAUUUGGACAUUUCCAGAACUACCAUGAGAUGGUUUAGAUGGGAAUUCAUGCAAAUGAGGGGUCAGAAAUGGUAUAGUGACCCCGUCCAUGUCCUCCAAGCUCACGACCUUGGAGCCCCGUGGAGGUGGACUGAGGAGGAGGCUGCACAGCGGGAGAGCAGCUGGUCCAGACCAGCCCUGCAGCCCCCCUCAGCCGGCAGCCAGAUGGCCCCGCAAGGCCUCCAGGGAUGGCCCCUAGCCACAGACCCUGGCUGAGGUCUCUGGGUCGGUCAGUGACAUGUAGGUAGGAAGCACUGAAAAUAGUGUUCCCAGAGCACUUUGCAACUCACUGGGUAAGAGGGACGACACCUCUGGUUUUUCAAUACCAAUUACAUGGAACUUUUCUGUAAUGGGUACAAUGAAGAAGUUUCUAAAAACACACACAAAGCACAUUGGGCCAACUAUUUAGUAAGCCCGGAUAGACUUAUUGCCAACAACAAAAAGUAGCUUUCAAAAGAAAUUUAAGUUCUAUGAGAAAUUCCUUAGUCAUGGUGUUGCGUAAAUCAUAUUUUAGCUCACGGCAUUACCCCACACAGGGUGGCAGAACUUGAAGGGUUACUGACAUGUAAAUGCUGGUAUUUGAUUUCCUGUGUGUGUUGCCCUGGCAUUAAGGGCAUUUUACCCUUGCAGUUUUACUAAAACACUGAAAAAUAUUCCAAGCUUCAUAUUAACCCUACCUGUCAACGUAACGAUUUCAUGAACGUUAUUAUAUUGUCGAAUUCCUACUGACAACAUUAUAACUGUAUGGGAGCUUAACUUUAUAAGGAAAUGUAUUUUGACACUGGUAUCUUAUUAAAGUAUUCUGAUCCUA